UCCUCGUCCUACUCUUGGUGCCGUGGUUUGGACUCCACAAAAUCAGACGUGAUCCAGACAACAGUGGCCACAAGGAGAGGUCCAGCAGCAACUUGGCGGAGGAGGAUGAAGAAGAAGGACUCAACGUGCUUGCAAAGAGAGAAAUAGAAAGCGACGAUGCAACUGUGGAAGAGGACAAUAAGGACAGAAACGAAGAAGGCAGCAAUGUGGAUGCGAAGGCAGAAAGCAAUGCUGGAAAUGAAGCAAAAGAAGGCUCUGAUGAUGCAAAGGAAGAAGUAAACAACGAUGAGAAGGUGGAGGAAGUCAAUGCUGCUGGCAGAAGACAAACACAAUGCAAACGAAGAAGACGAUGGCCACAAUGUCCAAAGCAACCAUGGAAGCCUUUUGGAGGAGCGCAUACAGUUGCCUGUUCUGGACCUGGACAAAGGUUGCUCCGUCAUAACGGACCUGAUGGACAAACUCACACACGUCUUUGGACAAGGCUUUUCCAACGGCUUCUACCCGGUGCCACAACAAGCCAUCGGAGCGGGCAGCCCCUUUGAAGCCUGGAGUCCCCUCGCACAGGACCUUGUGUACUGUGUGCUGGUACCACUGAGUGCCCCUCCAGGACAUGCCUUCCACCUGGAGCUGGACGCUGCAGGGGUGCUCCAGAGGAACUGCCGUGUCCCUGUGGAGCUGCUGUGCACCUGCACGAGGGAGCAGCUGGGGGAGGACAUGCUGUGUUUCCUCCACCACUCUGAGGAGGAGCUGAGAAGGAAACAGGACCCCAGCCUCCUGCACACCCUCUGCACUGGCACCUAUCUAGAUGUGGAGAAAACUGUCCACUGGUUCUAUCGAUCCGUGAGAGCAACCUGGCUGCUUCUGCCUCAGUCGCGCCAUUGGCGUUUAAUGUUGCAGCCCUCCGGCCGCUCCUGUAAAUUUCAGCUAAGUAAAGACCAGGAAAGCUUCAUGGUUGAGGUCAUCUCUGGAGUGCGGCAAGGAGACUCGGAUAUCUUUGUGGGCAGACAGCCUACAGAAGCAGGCAUCCCAAGCACAACAUGGCUGGAGACUUACGCCAUGGCAGAGGCAAAAUUCUUCAGGCACGUUUCCACGCAGGCCCCUCGUGACAGCUGGCACUGCAAGUGCCUGCAGCUCCUCAGCUGCAUCCUGACGGGUGUAGGUUUCUCCAGCUACGCCCUGAAGACGGUUGUGAUGCACCUCCUGAGCAUCACACAGUGGUGCAGGAAGGAUUUCUGGCGGCGAAUGACGGACACCCUCAAGUACCUCCGCUGCUCACUGGACACAAAACAACUCAACCACUUUGUAAUAGGCAACGAGAGGUUUCCUACGGAGAUCAGUUUGCCCUCCGACUUCCGCGUGGCUGAAGCACCCAACCUCUUCCAGCACCCCAGCCAGCAAUCCCGAUGCCCACAUGAAGGCCAUGCAGGAGUACGUUCAUCUGCUAGAUCAGCUCAAACAAAUGCUCUUCUAAGCUGUUGAAAGAG